AUGCCACGUAAGCUACGUAAGAAUAUACGUAAGAGGAAGAGAGCAUUGAAACAUCCAAUAGUAAGACUAACACCACAACAACAGUUGCAACAACAAAUGCUGAAUGACCCCACUAUGUUGCAACAAAUGUCAAGCAAUCCUAUGCUUUUAAACCGAGUUGUUGGUGCACAGAGUGGAGGUUUAAGAGCGGCACUUUUAGCGAAAAUGGCAGGCUAUGGUGGAGCUGCAGACGGAACAGCCUAUAACCCUCAAAGUCAAAUGAAUUUGAGUUCACUCAAAAAUCAAAUAACAGAUGUCAAAAAGUCAAACAUAGACAUACAGAAGCAAAUAAGUGAAAACGAAAAGAAACUAGAAUAUGACAGACACACAAAGAAACUCAAUGAGUUAAACGUAGAGAAAAAGAAGAAAGAAGAACAACUGAAAGAACUAAGUACAGAGGAAUAUGCGAAAAAAGUGUCAGAAAAAGCAGCAGAAGUAGCAAAAAUGGAACAAGAUGUCAUAAAUUUGAAAAACCAUACUACUCAAUAUAAAGUACUGAAAGAUGAAGAGAUAAAACAAAAAGCCCUGAAGACAUAUAUGGAUAGCGAUGAGUAUAAAAAAGAAGUUGAAGCAAAUGUAAAAGCAGAAAAACUUUUACAGUUGCAAAACCAAACCGUACAGUAUGA